UCUUCCCUUUCACCGCCCUAUUAAGUCUUCUCCUGUCUUCGCUGUUACUCCCUAGUCCUUCUCAUCUCUCUCUCUCCUUCCAUACCUGCUGAGGGUAUCUUUAGCUUCAGAAAAUUCUUUUGAAUAUCAAUUAUUCCAUUUCUUUUCGUCAUUUGCUUCUAAUUCGACAAGUGCUUGUAGGAUAAAUUUGGGAAAAACAUGGCUUCAUCGGAGAACUUGGCCAGUUUUGAACCAUUUCUCUUUAGACCCACCUUUACUGACUCAUGGAUUUCGGAAGCUUAUGCUCGCGACACCGAAGCCCUAACUAAAGCCCUCCAGAAAUCCCUUUCUAAUAGUAUUAACUCUAAUUCUUCCUUCUUUGUCUCUGAAACUCUCUCGACGGAUUCCUUAUUCAACCUCGUUUCCGGCUCCCAAACACCACCGCCGGCUACUCCUACUGCCUCUAACGUUUCUGGCUCUGACCCUGAAACGCCAGCUCCCAAGCGCCAGCGAAACGGGAUCGGGAUCCCAGGUGCUGCUGCCAAAGUUUCGAAACGCAAGUCUCGUGCUUCUAAGCGCUCUCAGACUACGUUCAUAACAGCGGAUCCGGCCAACUUCAGGCAGAUGGUGCAACAGAUUACCGGAGUUAAAUUCGGUAACAACCAGUUGCCAGCCGUACCAGUGCUGAAGCCGGAGCCACAGAGACUCGGUAGCCGGAUGCACGGCACUGGCGGGUGCUUGCCGACCCUAGAUACGUCGGCGUUUUUGCUGGAUCACCAUCAUCAACAGCAACAAGAAAUGGUUGUGGGCCCGGGCUCAGGACCCGUUAUUGGGUCCGAGACAGUUUCUUUUCCACAGCCCGUGGUAUCCGAUGGGCUAGACUUUGACUCUUAUUCGAGCUUUCCGACACUAGAGUCGUGGAAUUAGCGCUUCUCUAUUUCUCCCCUUUUUUAUAUUAAAAAAAAAAUUGCUUUUGUUAUAUUUUCCCUUUUUUUUUAAAUUAUAUUAGAGAGGCCUGUAGUUAUGCAGUGGAGAAUUGCGACUCUGAUGUGUCUAUAUCUUAGUGGGAGGUCUUUGUUUGGAUUAGUUACUUUCUUGUUUAUUAAGUAUCACAUAAUAUAGUUACUUUCUACGUGCA